GAUGGCGCGCGGGUGUCUCUUGUCAUGAAUCACUGAGCAAAGUGUAAACAUUGGUCCAUUCUGUUGCAGUUUUUGCAUUUUGUUGAGCUCUAAAGAUGUUUUCUGGCAUAUCCUCCAACAGUACACAAGACCACAACCGACCGGAAUUGUACGAGGAAGUGAAACUGUACACCAAUGCGAGAGAGAGAGAGAAGCACGACAACCAUGCAGAAUUAUACGCUGUCAUCAAUACUCUCCAGUGUUUAGAGAAGAUGUACAUAAAGGACGUGGUGCCACCCAAAGAAUACACAGCUUGGUGUAGUAAGCUUCUUGUGCAGUACAAAGCUGCCUUCAAGCUGGUGCAGUGCGAUGACUACCCUACAGUUGAAGCCUUUGUUAAGAAGUAUAAGCUCGAUUGUCCAGCAGCCCUGGACCGAAUCCGCGAGGACAGACCAAUCACGAUCAAGGAUGACAAGGGCAACACAAGCAAAUGCAUUGCUGACAUUGUUUCGCUCUUCAUCACUGUUAUGGACAAGCUUCGACUUGGGAUCAAUGCGAAUGAUGAGCUGCAACCAGACCUCAAGGAUCUGAUGGAGAACAUGACUCGGCUCUCUGUUCUUCCUCAGGACUUCGAAGGCAAGGCAAAAGUGAAGGAGUGGAUCGGCACCUUGGAGGGGAUGACGGCAGAUGAAACCCUCUCUGAAACACAAGUGCGGCAGAUGAUCUUUGACCUGGAGUCAGCGUAUAAUGCAUUCAACAGACUGCUCCAGCAUACAUAAUCUGGCUGUUGACUUUGAAUAAUGUUAAGAGUUACAAUUGUAUAGGAAAUAUCCAAGUGGUUGUUAUAUUACCAAUGACCCAGUGGGGCUAUAUUUACAUUGAAAAUCGACUGGAAUCCUCCUUUAGCUCCACAAGUAGAUUUAGGGAGAUGUUACGAGUCUUUUUCUUUUUUUUCUCUCUCUCUUUCCUUUAUGUACAUAUCUAUAUUUUUUCCCUCUCCUUCCCCUUCUUUUAGAUAAUGUAUAAGAGAUUUCACAAGAUGACUCAAGCAAUUCAUGUUUGCCAGCACUGUAUUACAAAACCCUCCUUGGUUUUGUCUUAAUUCAUGGGUAUAUUGACCUUGUUAGCCAUUUCUUGUCAUUGUAUAGAUGCAUUACCAUUCCUCAUUGAGAGUUGUAGGUCAGAGCUUGUUCAUCUUUUAGCAAGGGGGAUAGUUGAGUUUAUAAGAAAAAGUCUGAAGAAAAAAGAGAGACUAUUUUGGUAGAAAAAGAAUAUGUAAGUGAUCCCAGAUUUCAAUUCACACUGUUAAUUGGUUUGGAGGUCUUGCCAACACCAUCAGUCAAUUUGUAUUUUUUUAUUAUAUUUUAUUUUUUUUUUUUUGUUUAUUUUUUUGGUUUAUUUUUCCCCCCCCUAGUUGGAUAGGUUGAAACUGUUGCCCUUCUUUUCGGUUUAAUUUGACAUGUGUUUAUUGUCUUUAUUUAUUCUCCAUACUGCGUGUUUCAGACUAGUCGCAGGUCUUCUAGAGAACUUUGUAUAAUCCCCCCCCCCCCCUUCCCCAGGUAGGAGUUGAGAUUGAACUCUUAUUUAUUUUUUACUUGGAAAAAAUAUUUGGAUUUAAAAAGCAUGAAGCUAAUUUUGUACACAUUAUGCGUCUGUGGUCCAUAUAAUCUUUGUAUAAUUUCCAGCUUUACAUACAUUAGGGACACCUGUUUAAAAUUAUUUGAAUAUAGUCAUUGUAGAUUUUAAGUUCAAGAUAUAUAAUAACUUCAUAAUAUUAAUGAGAUAUAAUAAUUAUUAUUAUUGCUCUUGUGUAUCUGUGCAAUAAUAGAAUUUUUUUUUUUAAGAUUUGAUUUAUACCAUACAGUUGAAAAAUAAUAAAAUGAACAUUUUACAUGUCUUU